GAAGGGAAACAGCCGGGCAAGUCGAGAAGUUCCCUUUCAAUAGUUAUGAAAAAAACUGGGAGCGACGUUCCGGAACCCAUUAAUUCAGUUAGAGUAAAUUCUACAUUUUACGACCAGAUCGACAGCGUAGUGGUAGGAAGUAAAUAUAGCAAUCAGAGCUUUGAAAAUAGGUCUACCAAAUCCAGAGAAUCGAGUGAUGGUCUUUCUUUUAAAACAAACAGACUUACAGUAGGCACUUUGGAAGGUUUUUCAACUUCAGAAGAACUUUCAAGUAACGAUGUCGCUGGCACACACCGGUCAAGUGUUCUAACUAAUGACUCUUCAACAGCUCAGCCAAGCAAAAGACUAAAGUCGAGUCUCAAGAACCCUUCGAAAGUACAUUUCCUGAGGAAUAGAAGAAUAGCUGCUCUACAAAUUUCGCCACAGACUGAGAAACAGACAAAUAAUGAAAACGUAAAAGGUGGAAUUGGCACUGACGUCAUCACAUCCGAGGUUAACAUGAGUCGUUCUUCUAUAAACCUACCAUACAUAGCUGUCAUCAACAAAAGCAAGAGCGACUUUUCUAACACUACGUCACCUUCUAUUCUCAUCUCUGGAGAAGCGCGUGAAGACCCGAUUAAUGACACAUACGCAGGAGUAAACAUAUUGGUAACUGAUGGUAACAAAUCAACGCAGUUUACAGAAAAAAUUAAAACGGCGAAAAUAUUAUUUCAGGAUGAUGACGAUACUCAAACUGGAGAAGAGAAUACAACAAAAUAUUAUGUUUUGGGAGAAGACGGGGAUGGAUUGGAUGUAAACUACUCUACGUAUGAGGAUCAGUCUAGGGUAUCAGGUGGCGACGUAAAGUCAGGUCAGAAUCAGGUUUGGCUGAUCUCUGGUCACGUGCAAGCCAGCUCGCUCGCAACUGAAGAAAAUAAUACCGACCAAAAUGUCGAUUCAAGUGAAAAAUUUGACGAUUUUGGAUCUGUUGCUCUCUCAGAGCUCGUCAAUCCUACAUCAAUAGUGGACCUUUCACAUAAAAGUCAUAACGACCCUUUAAAGAAGAAUUCGAAUGAAAAUGAGCUAAUUCAAGUAAAUAACUGGACACAAAACUUCAGUUUUCUUAACGAUACUAUAACUUCAACGACAAGACAGAGGAAUGUAGUGAAUAUCGAAACCAGAACUAAUGUUUCUAUGGAUACCUCUCGGCCAUUGUAUCUUAACGAAACUACCAGAGUAGUUGAACAUUUCUUCACCAGCAACCACAGUGGAGUUGUUGAUGAAAGCACAAACAUUAGAGAAGCUGAAGAACCAAUCGCUACUCCUGUCCGUGGCUCAAAGUACUUAGAUAGUGAAAAUUCGAGAACGACAACGAAGCUAGCUAGUGAUGAGUCCAAUAAUACCACAGAUUCUUAUGAUAUACGUCAUCAGGAAAAUGCGGAAAAUCCUCCGCCAGGAGAAGAAUAUCAAUUGAGUAGUGGUUUCUUACAAGAAACAAGAAAUGUAAUGGGAGUUCAAAACCGUAAUACAACACCUUGUUUAGCAACAGACCCUCUGAGAACCUUAGAAACCGGGUCUUCAAAAUCCGGAGCAUACACAUCUUCAUCCCGACAAACGAACUUUCCAAAUACUCAUAAUUUAUUUAUAGAUGGCGCCACCAUCUCAUCCAUUGCUGGUACAACGAUUACCAAAUUAGCUAUAAAUGGGAUUAGUUCCCUUCAGGAAGGUAAAUCAUCGGCUACGACACCUAAUCCAACAAUACCGACAUCAACAAUCACAACAAUGACUAACAAUAACAAUACUCAGUCGAGCGCUACGCAACAGAGUUUGAUAGAUGUGGUCAGAAUAGCUGGUGUAAUGAGACUUACCAAGGGUAUCCAGUGGUCACCUAAACUUGGAAGAAAGUACACAAAAGAUUACAUUCGUUUAUCACAGACACUGAAAGAAUUGAUACAAGAUACUCUUCUCCAAACUUCAUUCGGAAAUCGUUUGAUUGAUGUUAUAAUCAACAGAUUCAG